AAGAUAUCAAGCAAAGAUCACGCUGUUGAGGAUUUUAAAGUUUGCAGUGAGGUUGACAAGAGAAGCACGGAGAUACCAAAGGUUGCUGGUCAAACAGAGUCAACAGAAAAAUCUGUAAAUCUUGUGAUAGCAUUAAGUGAAGAGGAACAUGAGGCUACGAUUAGAUUAUUCAAAAGAAAAUCAAUCAUUAUUCCGAAUCUGCUAAUGGGAUUGAUUUGUUGAUAUUAGUCUUACAUUUUUCCUCAUUUGUUUGUCAAUGAUCAUAACUUGUGACAUUUUUUCUCAGCCGUUGGAUCAACAUGCAAAGAAAUUCUGAACCAGAGGUUGAUAUGGAAGCUAAGGAAGAAAGGAUUCCAGGUUUACAUCCAUCUUAUCGUGACUCUGAAAAACUAGAGUUUGGAUGUAAGCACUACAAGCGGAACUGCAAACUUGUUGCUUCCUGUUGCAACAAAUCAUACACUUGCAGACACUGCCAUGAUGAGGCCACUGAUCACGUAAUGGAUAGAAAAGCAACAACCAUGAUGAUGUGCAUGAAAUGCUUGAUAAUCCAACCCAUUGGUCCAACAUGCUCAACCGUGUCAUGUAACAAUUUAUCUAUGGCUAGAUACUACUGCUCAAUCUGCAAACUUUUUGAUGAUGAGAGGCAAAUCUACCACUGUCCUCACUGUGACCUCUGCAGAAUUGGGGAAGGCCUGGGGAUUGACUUUUUCCAUUGCAUGAAUUGCAAUGCAUGCAUGUCAAAGUCUCUUUCGAAGCAUAUUUGUAGGGAGAAGUGUCUUGAAGUCGAUUGUCCAAUAUGCCAUGAAUACAUCUUCACAUCAAGCACUCCUCUUAGAGCCCUUUCCUGCGGUCAUAUAAUGCAUUCUUCUUGUUUUGAUGCAUACACGUCUACUAACUAUACGUGUCCAAUAUGCAGCAAGUCGUUGGGGGAUAUGCAGGUAUACUUUGGGAUGAUAGAUGCAAUGUUGGCAGAAGAGACAAUUCCGGAAGAAUAUGCUGGCCAGACUCAGGAAAUUUUAUGCAAUGAUUGUGAGAAGAGAGGAAUUGUGUCAUUCCAUUGGCUGUAUCAUAAAUGCCCCAGUUGCGGUUCCUACAACACCCGCCUUGUUUGAGUUGGAUAUAAUACACUUGUGUGAAUAAGGGACUGCAUGGAUCUGUCCGAGUUGUCGCUGAAAUUCGGAUCAAGAUUUCGAAUUAUGCUACAAUGGUUAUUUACUUGAAAGUUGUGUAUAUGUUGUGUAUUUUCAGAUUAAAAUAAAACUAGGAUCAGAAUAAAGCACUAAAUUGAUUCUUCAUUCACCAGGACCAUUUUGUGUAUAAAUAUG